AUGUGGGUCUGGGCUUUGCUUCCAGUGCUCCUAGCUGUAGGGGGUAGCAUCGGCUUCUGGGUUGUGUACGCCAUGGCAGUAGCAAAUGGCUCCGUGAACAUCACAGAAAGCUUUCCAUACAUCAGCACAUGCGGGUCCUACCCACCACAAAGCUGCAUCUUUGGUCAAGUCCUGAAUAUAGGAGCCUUUUUGGGUGUGGCGAUCUGCUGCCUGAAAUACCAGCAGCUGAGGGACUAUGGUUGUAACUCGCAUUUAAACCUAGCCGGGCUCAUUUUUGGCCUGCUUUGCGCUCUCGGCUCAUCUGUUGUGGGCAACUUUCAGCAAUAUAACCAACUGGAAACCCAUCUGUUCGGCGCCUUCUUGGCCUUUGUGGUGGGUAUCCUUUAUUUCUGGAUCCAAGCAGUUCUGACCUAUCGGGUAAAGCUGAGGCACGGAGGAUCGUGGAUUGGGCCUCUCAGGUUCUGUCUCAGUGCUUGUGGCACUGCUCUGCUCGUCGCCACAUGUGUGCUUUUCAGUCUGGAACUGGACUCCGAGUCAGCCUACUGCGAAUGGGCCCUGGCCAUGGAUCUGUUCCUGCUCUUCGGCCUGUUCGCCGUGGAUUUCUGGCACGUGGGCUCUUGCUCAGUCCACGUGCAGUACUGCAUGGCGAAUCAAGAAACCCUGAACAUUCAGGCAUCAACUCAGACUCUAUCACUUUGA